UUCUGAACCAUGUCGGUGAAAUCUAUUGCACCUCCGCAAACCUACUCGCGACUGUUUCGGCCGUGGGAUGCCGCAGCUGUGAACAAGGCCAGCACGAGUCCUAACACAUCCAGUGAUUGUGGAAGUGAAGGAUCGAUUAAAAGUGAACCAUGUGAGCUGAGAGUUCGAGCGCGUUUGGAUAUGGAAAGUCCCGUUUCGUCCGAGCCCAAGUCGCCUCCGUUUAGUCCUUCGAAGGGGCCUUUGCCCGGAACACCCGAACUGGAUAUCAGUGCCGCGUUUCUCGGUCAUCCAGCGGAUUUGGCUUCCUACUAUUAUUUCUACAACCAACAGAAGCUGGGAGUUGAUUUACUACCGCCAGGUUUCAACUUUACCGGAUUACCGAUCGAUCCACUGACGUACGAUCAGAUGGAACAGGAGUACUUCCGAGUGCUUAGUGAAGAUGCGAAAGCCAAGCUGCUGAGCAGUCGCAAGCAGCGACCGAAGAAGUUCAAGUGCCCUCACUGUGACGUAGCCUUCUCCAACAAUGGCCAGCUUAAGGGUCACAUUCGAAUUCAUACCGGAGAGCGCCCUUUCAAGUGUGACGAACAGAGCUGUGGCAAGACGUUUACCCGUAAUGAAGAACUAACCCGUCACAAGCGGAUCCAUACCGGAAUUCGGCCGUACGCUUGCCAGACCUGCGGAAAGAAGUUUGGCCGACGGGAUCACCUCAAGAAGCACACCAAAACGCACAUGCCACAGGAGCGGUAUACGUAUGGGUUGGCGCCGGCCGCCAUGCUAAUGCCGAUGUAUACGGCCGCGUCGCACCUGUACGGUUAUUAG